AUGACUUCUCAUUCAGUUUCAUAUCUGAACAAUAAUGAUGAACAUCGUUUACAAGCAUUAAAUGAUCAUGUUAUAGUGUCCGAAUUAGAUAAUAAUAUCUUAUCUUCUAACUCAAAUAAUAUUUCGGAUUCUCAUUUGGAUCUUAAUCUUAAUGAACAUGUUAAUUUGAAUAAAAAAAAUGAUGAAAAUCAUGCUAUUACACCAAGAUCGUCGUCAACAUCAAAUUUACAUCUCGUUAAUUCAUCGUUAUCUUCUGUUCGUCGUUCACUCUCAGCCAACGAAUCAGAGGAUGGUUUUCGUAUUGUGAAGAACAAGAAAAAACACAAACAAAUUGCACGUGAUGAUCCUCAAGCAUUAAAUAAUGGUGAAGAAUCUCGUGUUAAUCCAAUUGUACCUAAUCUUGAUGAUACAGAACUUGAUCAAAAUCAAAUACAUACUGUUAAUGAUAAUCAACAUCAGUUAUCUUCUUAUAAUUUCGUUAUUACUAAUGAAUCAACACGUUUUGCUCAAACAAGGUAUCCGUUUCCACCAUUUGUUUUACGUUUUGGUGCAGGAAAGGUUACAAUGAUUAAUUGUCGUUUAUCUUCUAAUGUUCUAUCUGAUAAUGAAUAUGAUAUUCUUAUAUAUGUAAAAGAUGCUUUUUCUUUUUCGUUUUUAUUAGAACAAGCUCAUUGGCCAAAAGUUAUAGGUGGUAAAAGUUAUUUUUUUCCUUCAGCACCAGCUAUUCCACCACAACUCUGUUUACUUAUUAAAAAUGUUGAUUUACGUAUUGAUUUUGAUGAAUUCUGUUUUGAUAUUAAAUCUAACUAUCCUCAAGUUAAAAAUAUAAUUAGAAUGAAAAACAAGUUUCAAAAUGAGAUCAAGAUGGUUAAAAUUGAAUUAACUUCUUCUUCUACUAGAGAUGAAUUAUUAAAUAAAAAGAGAAUUACUGUUAAUUAUAUCAUUUAUGAUAUUAUUGUAUAUUUAGCUCCUGCUAAUGUGCUUAUAUGUUCUAAGUGCAUGGCAUUGGGGCAUUUUAAAAAACAAUGCUCCCAGAUUAAAGAAACAUGUCGUACAUGUGGUGAACAAGUUAAUGAUUUGAAAAAUCAUAAUUGUUCUAAAAUUGAAAAAUGUAUCUACUGUGGACAAAAUCAUAAAUCUAGUUCUCUCAAGUGUCCGGUGGUCAAAUCUUUUCGUACUGAAUUAACUCGUAAAAUUCUUCAACUUAAUAAUCAUUCAUCACCUGAUAUGAACUCGAGUAAAAAUAUUAUUUUAAAUUCAACUAAUUUUUCACCUCCUCCACCACCUAAAUCUUCAACUUCAUCAAUUAACCCUAUGAUGGAUAAGCUGGAUGAAUUAAUAAAUAAAUUAUCAGAAGUGAAGAAUCAUCUUGCUAAUUUGGAAGCUAAACAUGAUCAAUUUGAACAAUUCAUAUUAGAAAAAAAUCGUAAUGAUGAAAUUGUUACUAAAAAAAUUAAUGAUAUAUCUAAUUACCAUAUGGAUUUAAAGAAAAAUGUUGUUCAACAUAGUUUAUAUAUUGAUAGACAUGAAAAUUUAUUUUGUAAAUUGUUAAUUCCUAUGUUUGAAGAUUUAUUUUCAUUUAUUGCAGCACAAAAUUGUGACAAGAGGGGUAAUCCACUUGAUGUGGAUCUUAAAUGUAAACUUAAUCGCUAUUUGGUUCAAAUGAAAAAAGCAAUUGAAGAUAAACAAUUUACAAGCUAA